AAAUCAAGCCAGAAGAUGGACCUCGAGUUGAGAUUGUUUUUCUUUCGGUUUCAUUCUCUGUGGUCAGUGCUGGCAGAAAGGAAGGGUUCGAGCGUGAACGCCUCUCUGCUCGUCGGACAGGGAGACGCCUCGUUGACUCUGUCCCGGCUGAAGGCGCUGGACGAGGGGACGUACAUCUGCACCGUCACCCUCGGGCCUUUCAACGCCCAGCAGGUCAUCCAGCUGCACAUCACUCAACCUCCUGAGGUUUCCCUCUCAGAGGAGAAGUUUGUUUUGAAGACGGACUCGCCCCAGACGCUGAGCUGCCACUGCUCUAAAUAUUAUCCACUGGAUGCUCAGAUGGAGUGGUGGUCCCUCUCUCCUGAGGACUCAGAGCCCAAACUGCUCCUGGAUCAGGGCUCUCUCUCCAGCCACCGGCAGCACGGAGACGGUUCCUACUCCCUGUCCUCUCACCUGUCUGUCCCCUCCAGCGUCUCCCCGGGGACCAGGCUCACCUGCAGGGUGUCCCACCAGGCCCUGGACGCCCCUGUGUCUCUCACUGUUGUGGUAGAAAGUCCAACACAAGGCUCCUACUGGUGGGUCCUGGGUUUCCUGAUCAUCAGCGUGCUGUUCUUCCACCAGGUCAUGACAUAAAUAAGGAUUUAUUCUAAUAGAUAAUCCUGACUUUAAACUGAGCCCAGAGAGAUUUCCUGUUGUGAGUCUGUAAGUUAUUAUUAAUGUUAUAAGAAGAAAUCACUGGUUCUUUCCACUCGAGGGGUGAGACUUUCUUUUUGGAUAUAGUAUUCCUGCUUUUGCACUAUUUCUUUUUAAUUUGGUACUUUUAAUUGCUUGAUUUUCCAUUUUGUUUCUCUUUUUGUAAUGUACUUUUCACAAUGAAGGGUUAUGUGACUCAACCAGAUUGAUUGAGGUGUUUGACAUGAUCAUCUUCAGUACAUUUCUAGUGUGAUAUCUGUGAGCUUUGUAAGUAAACGGGCAUCACUAGGAGUAUAUUGUGAAAGAAAACAUUUUCCAACCAGGUCUAAAAUGUCUCGACGUGUCAGGAGAAUAAAACAAAGUUCAGUUGUGUUGAUGAUUUAUUUAUUGGCAUCAGCAAAAGUGGUAAGCAUGCAUUUUGUUUUUCAGUUGCAUCUUCUUACUGCAUUUCCCGGUUUUAAAUCCCAAAACAUGUUCUCUUAUCUCCCGUGGUAACAACAACCUGAUAACAUCGCUGCACAAUAUCAUCAGAUAAUUACAACUAACUGCUACAUUAUGCAUCUUCACUCUCACAAUUAGCUUUUACUUUUAUAUCCCCCCAUAAAACCUGAAGAGUUCAUAAACACAUGUUCAGGAGAAUAAUCUGACAUGUGUGCUAAUAAUCAAUCCAUACAAUACUACAUGGUUUUUUACAGCUCACUAUAGAAGCAGUUGUUUGCAGUCUGAGAAUAUAAUUUUGAAAGUGAAAUUAAUCAAAUGUUGGCAAACUCUUGAGCAUCAUUGCAUUGCAUAAGCGUUAUUUUUUUAAGAUCAGAAAGACAUAUACACAGGUCGUUUAAACCACUAACAAAAUAAAAUGUACAAUCGGCAGUUAGGUUCAGAAAUGGCAGAUACACAGAUCACACAAAAAGGCAAAACUAUGGACACGGUUUGCCAUGCAAAUUAGAAACAAACACGUCAUGUUGCAUUUCUGCAGGUGAGUCUGUUUUUUAAGUGAGUGGGGGCGGGAGGUGGGUUUCUAAAUCAUGUCCUUUUCCCCCGUUUCCCUGCUUUUUCAACAUCAAACUAACUUAUUAUUUCUGCACAACUCGUAAAAAAGUUGGCUUUUAUACCAGUUUUCUUUUUUUAAAUGUGACGCUUCACAUCCACCUGUCUAUGGCUGUGUCCAAGUCAGAGUAAAGAGUCCUCCUUCAGUUCAUGUGUACAGUAGAUUGUCUGUUUUGGAUAGUUGUGCAUAUCAAUAUGCCACUUAGCAUAACAAUAACACAAUGCCCCCACCUGUGGUACUAAAACCAAGGUCAAAGGAAGCAUAGUUAUGCAAGUCUCUUAUCAAUAAUUGCUUAUGUGUCCAGAAAUUGAAAUCCAGAUGUUGCUUUUUCAAAAGAGGGAAACAUUCUUUCUACUUUCCCCUAAAUAACUUUUUUACAUUUGUCCUCUUAUCAUAAUUACUGAAUGUUGCAGAAAGGAAACCAAUACAACCAGCUAUCUCCAAAAAACACUACUUGCUACAAUACUUUGGAUCACAAACACACACACACACACACACACACACACAACAAAAAUGCUUUUCUAAUCUUAAUCUAUCAUGACCGUGUGUUAG